GGACUAAGCUGUGAGGUGUUGUCCAGUCACAUACGUAUGAAAUCAGCGCAGAAGCGUAGCAAUAUUGUACAGUAGGGUAACCUUGUACAUAACUGCUUGGUUUGAGGGAUCUCUUCUCGUUGCGGAGUACGGCAUCACGGGCAGCAAAUGUUUCCGGUCAAACAACACUGGCUUUGCAAAGCCUUAGGUUGUUAUGAUUGCUGUAUCCGCUGCAUUGGGGCAGUGCCCUACCCAUCCCUGGUGGCCACCUUGCUGUGCUACGCCGGCACUGCCUUGUUUUGUGGCUGUGGGCACGAGGCGUUGGCCCAGACGGAGGUGCUCGUCAAGACUCACUUUGCCCGUGAACCUAAGGACUAUGAGGUUAUGGCAUCUUUUAUCAAAUACUUCCAGUUCGUGAUCUAUGGUCUGGCAUCAUUUUUCUUCCUCUAUGGUAUCCUGUUGUUGGCUGAGGGUUUCUAUGCCACAAGUGCAGUCAAGCAAACAUUUGGGGAGUUCAGGAGCACCCAGUGUGGCCGCUGCCUCAGCCUGACGUUUGUAAUAGUCACGUACAUCUUGGCCUUCAUCUGGCUGGCGGUGUUUGCUUUCUCUGCUAUACCGGUUUUCUUUCUCUUCAACAUGGAGCACACCUGUCACACCAUCAACAUCCAGGCUGAAUCCUCUCCCGUUAGUCUGCAAAACUGGAUCUGCAUAGAUGCAAGGCAGUUUGGUCUGCUUCCUUGGGAUGUGAUGCCGGGAAAGUCCUGUGGAAUGACCUUGGCAGCUAUUUGCAAAACCAGUGAGUUCCACAGCACCUAUGACUUGUACAUAGCAACAUUUGCAGGGGCAGGAGUCAAUCUGUUGGCACUGAUUCUGUAUCUGGUGCCCACCACCUACAACUACGCAGUCUUGCGGUUCCUUGGCAGAAAAGGAAUUCGCUAAGUGCUGCACAGUUCACUUUGAGAUGCCUGUGUGACUCCACAUUUCAUCUCUACCCCUUGAAGCAGAAUCUUUCAAACCUGGAUUCUCUGCCAUCCUUUUUUUUUUUUUUCAGAUAACAGACAAACAUUUUUCUUCUCUGUUAUAUUUGAACAACAGGCAGAGAGAUGAAGAUAAUUCACCCGCAGUAAUGAGCCCCAACCUGCUCCACAAGUCAUCCUCUCAGAUGAUUCCCAAUGCUUUGUUGUUCAUUUUCUCUCUUUUAAAUCACUCUGUGAGGCUUUGCUGGAGCUGAUUGUGAUGUAGGAGGUUUCAUGAAUAAUUAAGAGCAAUGACAGCUUUGCUUUGCAAUUCAUAACUGUGUUCGUCCUUCUCAGUGUUUACUGGUGCAGAUAUUGGUUUUGAAUAUGAUUUUUUUUUUUUGCUGCUGCUGCUGCUGCUGCUGCCUUAUUAUCCGCACCUCGCCAGGAGCAUCAUGAGUCUAAAGCUAGCAAAGCUGAAUGUAAGUUUAUCUUGGAACUUGUCACUUCUGAAUAAAUCAGCUGUGCAUUUCUUUCUCUUUCUGUUAAACAUGAGAGACAGUCUUCAUGUCUACUUAAAUAAGAAAAAGAGAAGUCUGUAUUUAAAUAACUGUGCAGCGGCUGACAAAUGUUGCAUGUGCUUAUUUGUAAUUAAAGCUAAUUGAACGAUUUGAUCUAAGGGACUUA